GUGGGCAGGGCAGUCUGACGCGCUCGUCGAGGCGGUUCUGCAGUUUCAAUCUCUCAGCUCAGAGCAACUACAGCACAGACGCAGCGGCGUAAACCAGGGAGGAAAGCAGUCUGCCGUUAUUGCUGUUUGUUCAUUCUAAAAACAAGCCCAUGACAAAGCGGUCGAGAUGUCUUGAUACUGAGUGAAGCGCUGGCGUUCCCGGGCGACUAAUCUGGCGUAUGCGGUGGAAUAUUAUUUAUUGAAGUAAGGCUCAUUCUUGUUGGGCUGCUGUUUUUGCUAUACUCGAUGGCGCAGAAGGUACAGACACCACCGCUGCUGUCUUGUUUUCGUUUAGUAGAACUGCAGCGCAUAUCUUUGAAUCGCAAUGCCUUUGUAACGAUGACGGUGAUGCAGAAAAUGCGAGCUGUGAAGGAAAGGGGGCAAGUAACCUUGCUACCCGGAGAAUAAUAAAUACUGCACUCAAUGAAAACAGAGAGGUGUGGUCUAACCGAACCAUGGAUGGAAAGGAGAAUAAACUGAAAACAGCCAGGUUAUGGAGAGAUGCUGCGCUGCGCUCCAGAAAGCUGAGAAGCAACCUGCGCCAGCUGACCCUCAGUACCCAUAACAACCAGAAGAUUACUCUGCCUGAGAACAUCAACGAGAUAGAGGCUCUAAACCUGGGGAACAACUCUCUACAGGAGCUGCCCGAGGGGUUGGGAGCCGCCCUGAUCAACCUGCACAUUCUUAUAUUGAGGAGAAAUAAAUUCGCCAGUAUCCCGCUGCCGGUUUUCGAGCUCGGGCACCUGACGGAGCUGGACCUGAGCCACAAUUGCUUAGGUAAUUUCUCUGAGGAAAUAGGAUGCUUGAAAAAUCUGAAAAAACUGUGCAUCAGCCACAACAAGCUGACAGCCCUGCCAUCACAGAUAGGGACUUUACAGAGCUUAGAGGAGCUGGAUAUUAGUUUUAACGAACUCUGCCAAUUUCCUCGUUCUUUUGGCCAGCUUAAAAAGCUGAGGACACUGGACGCAGAUCACAACAAACUCGCUCAGUUCCCACAGGAGAUUUUGUUACUAAGCGAUCUGGAGGAGCUGGACUGUUCCGGCAAUAAAAUAGAUUGUUUGCCAACUGGAAUAAUGACGUUGCAGUCCAUAAAAAUAUUGUGGCUGAGCAGCACUAAAAUCUCUGCGUUACCGGAGACCUUCUGUGAUUUGAAAAACUUGGAAAGCCUUAUGCUGGAUAACAAUGCUUUGACAGCUUUACCACAGCCUUUUGGAAAAUUGCAAAGACUGAAAAUGAUUAACAUUUCUUCAAACUUCUUUGAAGCUUUUCCUCUUGUUAUUCUUGAGCUUGUGGGUUUGGAAGAACUAUACCUAAGCAGGAACAAACUGUCAUUUGUCCCUGAGGAGAUAGGCAAGCUCUUUAUGCUUGCUAAUUUGUGGUUGGACAAUAACAAAAUAACAUACCUUCCUGACACUAUAGUGGAGCUUGGUAAACUAGAGGAGCUGGUGUUACAGGGUAACCAAAUUGCCAUCCUUCCUGAAAACUUUGGGAAACUCUCCAGAGUUAACAUAUGGAAAAUUAAAGACAAUCCUCUGAUACAGCCUCCCUAUGAGGUGUGUAUGAAAGGCAUCCCCUACAUAGCGGCCUAUCAGAAAGAAUUAGCACAUUCCCAGCCUGCCGUAAAGCCAAGGUUAAAAUUGGUUCUAAUGGGACUAAAGGAUGCUGGGAAAACAAAACUGAGGCAAUGCCUCGUUAGUAAGAGACAGGAUAUUCCUGCAGUGCCUGGAAAUAAAGGGAUAGACGUGACGAACUGGAUUGCAGAUGUAGAGCGGAGUCUUACCUUUAUUGUUUAUGACUUAUCGGGGGAUAACAAUUAUGAUUUGAUAAAACCGUUUUUUCUUUCACCUGGUGCUUUGUACAUACUGGUAGUCAACUUAAAAGCAUACACGUCUAAACAUUUUUAUACCUAUGUGGGUUAUUUCCUGCACCUGCUCAGUGCCAAAGUCCCACAUGGUGUGGUGUGCAUUGUGGGGACCCACAUGGAUUUGUGCAAUGAGAUGGAAAUAGAAGAAAAAUGUCUGGAUAUCCACCGCCAAAUAGCUCUUCAGGAGAAAAGGGACAUUAAGUUCUUGGAAGGCCUGGCACACAAGGUGGACCGAGCUCUGGGCCAGGACUAUGAUGUGAGGACCUCCAGCCCCCAUGCUCUCUUUUAUGGGGUCUCAGAUAAAAACCUGCGACGCAAAAAAGCUCAGCUGCAGUACCUGCUCAACAACCGGCUUCAGAUCCUAUCCCCGGUCUUCUGCGUGAGCUGUGCCAAGGACCUCAGAAACGCCCAGCGGCUGAAAGAGAAGCUCAUGUCAGUGGCCGAGCACCGGGAGAUUUUCCCCAACCUUCACCGCGUCCUUCCAAAGUCCUGGCAGAUGCUGGAGGAGCUGCAUUUCAAGCCCCAGGAGCUCUGGGUGUCCUGGUGGGAUUCAGCCCGGCUGGGGCUGCAGGCAGGUCUAACUGAGGACCGUCUUCAGAGUGCACUGUCUUACCUACAUGAGAGCGGCAAACUCCUUUACUUUGAGGACAGCUUGACCCUCAAGGAAUAUGUCUUCCACAACCUGUCCAAGCUUAUUGAUAUCCUCAAUGUCUUCUUUCAGCGGGAUGCUACCAUGCUGCUGCAGAAGCUGCUGAUUCAUGACGACAUGGACCAGCUGACAGCUGCACAGCUCCACCACUAUGUUGAGGGCUUCCUCUUACAUGGCCUCCUGCCCUCCCAUGUCAUCAAGCUUCUCCUCAAGGCCCACAUUAAGACGCAGCAGGACCUGCAUCUCAUCCUGGAACUGCUGGAAAAGAUGGGCCUCUGUUAUUGCAUUAAUAAACUAAAGUCAAAGCCCCUCAAUGGUGCCACUGUGUGGUACAAGUUUCCUUGGUAUGUAAAAAACCAAACGCCGCAUGCUGAAGCCUGGAUCAAUGGGAGCUCUAACAUGUCUGGGCACCUUUUUGCAGUAGAGCAGCUCCAGAUCGAGUACAACUUCCCGUUCCUCUUCCCUCCGGGCCUCUUUGCCAGGUACAGUGUGCAGGUCAAUGCCCAUGUAGUGCAGCGGUCAGAUGGAAAGUUUCAAAUAUUUGCCUACCGUGGGAAAGUGCCUGUGGUGGUUAGUUACUGGCCAUCCCAGAGUGGCCUGCAGGCAGACACCUUGUCCAUCGCCAGCCACGCUUCGUUGCCAAAUAUCUGGACUGCUUGGCAAGCCAUAAUUCCUUUAGUGGAAGAAUUGAAUGUCCUUCUGCAGGAAUGGCCAGGACUGUAUUACACUGUGCAUGUUCUCUGUUCCAAGUGCCUUAAAAGAGGGUCACCUAACCCACACACCUUUCCAGGAGAGCUGUUGAGUCAACCUCGGCCCGAGGGAGUAACGGAGAUCAUCUGCCCAAAGAACGGGAGCGAGCGAGUCAACGUGGCCCUGGUGUACCCCCCAACCCCUACUGUCGUCAGCCCCUGCCUGAAGUGAGCGGCCCUGCAGGUGAACCCUCCCGGCUCCCCCUUCAGCACAGCCACCUCCUCCCUCGCUUCAGCACUUGACCAACACACACAUCCUCGCCAUCCCUGGAAUCAACACGUUAUUGUGAGACAGCAACGUGAGAGUUCACCUGGAAAGGAUAACAAACAGGCCAAUUGGAUGCUUUCGUAUUCUGAAGAACAGUAUACAACAAAGACAUAACGUUGACAUUUCUGAAACACGUAUUAAAAGACUCUUGUAUUAAAAUAUGAACGCUGUAUAUCGCUAGUUACCGCUUCUUGAAGCCAAACCAGACAGGAAUUUUCGGACUGCUGCAAGUGAAACAGCAACUAGAUAGAUAGAUUGUUCAGCCUCAGCCUACUUUCACUGAGAAAUGUACAGUUUCAGCGGUUUCUCAGGGAGCAUGACAGAAGCGCAAUUGAAAGCCAUAUUGAAUAUCCACUUGACAGUUGUCUAACUCAAUUGCAGUUGAAAACAUCUUUUUGUACAUUAUCUGUGUGAAAAAUGAGUGAGAUAUGCUGCAUUUUCUUCGGGCCUAUUUAAAAAAAAAAAAAAAAAAAAAAAAAAAGAAAGAAAAAAAGCAAAAGUGGAUCUUCCGAAUGCUAACAGUACCAAUGAAUUCCUGUCGUGUGCAUAAGCAUCAAGCAUUGAUGAUCACUGAAGGGCAAGAAACUGAAUGUCAUAUUGUGUGUUUAUUAUUAUUAUUAUUUUUUUUUUACUAAAGAAGUCGUAUAUUUGAGUUAAAAACUUUUUUAGUCCACCCUUCAAACAUGUCCUUCCUGGGUUAAAUAAGUUAGGUCAAACUUUAAGAAACAAAGUCAAGUAGACAAAAGUGUAGGUCUUCACCUGUGUAGCUGAGCUGGAAGGCCCAGGUUCCACCUCGUACUGUAAAGAUCUGAUUUGGUCUAGCCUGCCAUUUCUUACUGGCUCUGUCCAGACAGGUUUGGACAGGUAUUCAUUCUUACUGUAUACAUGACUUACAAAUCUACACUAAGAAACUGACAGGGGAUGAGACUCAAACGUUUACCUCGUUUGUUCACCUGGGAAACUGCAUUUCAAACUGAGGAAGCCAUCUUCACCUACACAUCACCUGGAACGUCCAGCUGAGGAUGACCAGUGGAACCUGCGCAUGAGAAAGAUCGGAAGAGUCCUUCUGAUACUCAAGACAACUAGUCACUUGCAACAUGUUGACAAAAGUUGGAAAAUGCUGCCAAAAUACUGUUCUGCUUUUGCUGUACAGUUGCGGAUUGAGGACAUAGCUCUGUACAUAUCUGCAGUGGUAAUGUUAUUAUCACCUCUGAAAGUGACGCUCCGUAUGUAUGUAUUGCAGCACUGGAUAUACUGUAUGGUUGGAUUUACUGUGUGGUGCAGUAUAGGAUACACCACAUGAUGUAAGCGACUUGUUUCCUCAAACGGAAAGUUAAAUGUUUUGCUGCCUUCAGUUCCAGCACUUUAUAGGACCUAAGUUAAGCUCAACCCUAUACAAGAAAUAAUUGAUUGAGCAUUUUAGAAUUUUAAUCAGACACCUGUAUGCAUAAUGCCCCUAUAACAAAACUCACAAUUGUACAAUACAAAUUUUUAUCCUGAUGUAAGGGAAAUGGAACACUGCAUAUAUACUGCAUUUAUAUACAUAUAUAUAUAUAUACAGACGUGCUCAAAUUUGUUGGUGCCCCUCCACAAAAAAUGAAGAAUGCACAAUUUUCUCUGAAAUAACUUCAAACUGACAAAAGUAAUUGGCAUCCACCAUUGUUUAUUCCAUAUUUAAUAGAAAUCAGACUUUGCUUUUGAUUUUUUAUUCAACAUAAUAUUGUAAAUAAUAAAACAAAUGAAAAUGGCAUGGACAAAAAUAAUGGGACCGUUAACCUAAUAUUUUGUUGUACAACCUUUAGAGGCAAUCACUGCAAUCAAACAUUUUCUGUGGCUCUCAAUGAGACUUCUGCACCUGUUAACAGGUAGUUUGGCCCACUCUUCCUGAGCAAACUGCUCCAGCUGUCUCAGGUUUGAUGGGUGCCUUCUCCAGACUGCAAGUUUCAGCUCUUUCCAUAGGUGUUUGAUAGGAUUCAGAUCAGGACUCACAGAAGGCCACUUCAGAAUAGUCCAAUGUUUUGUUCUUAUCCAUUCUUGGGUGCUUUUAGCUGUGUGUUUUGGGUCAUUAUCUUGUUGGAGGACCCAUGACCUGUGACUGAGACAGAGCUUUCUGACACUGGGCAGUACGUUUUGCUCCAGAAUGCCUUGAUAGUCUUGAGAUUUCAUUGUGCCCUGCACAGAUUCAAGGCACCCUGUGCCAGGCGCAGCAAAGCAGCCCCAAAACAUAACCGAGCCUCCUCCAUGUUUCACUGUAGAUAUGGUGUUCUUUUCUUUGAAAGCUUCAUUUUUUCGCCUGUGAACAUAGAGCUGAUGUGAAUUGCCAAAAAGCUCCAGUUUUGACUCAUCUGUCCAAAGGACAUUCUCCCAGAAGGAUUCUGGCUUGUCAAUAUGCAUUUUAGCAAAUUCCAGUCUUGCUUUUUUAUGUUUUUCUGUCAAAAGUGGAGUCCUCCUGGGUCUUCUUCCAUGGAGCCCACUUUCGCUCAAAAAGUGACGGAUGGUGCGAUCAGAAACUGACGUACCUUCACCUUGGAAUUCAGCUUGUAUCUCUUUGGCAGUUAUCCUUGGUUCUUUUUCUACCAUUCGCACUAUCCUUCUGUUCACUCUGGGGUCGAUUUUCCUCUUGCGGCCGCGCCCAGGGAGGUUGGCUACAGUUCCAUGGACCUUAAACUUCUUAAUAAUAUUUGCAACUGUUGUCACAGGAACAUCAAGCUGCUUGGAGAUGGUCUUGUAGCCUUUACCUUUACCAUGCUUGUCUAUUAUUUUCUUUCUGAUCUCCUCAGACAACUCUCUCCUUUGCUUUCUCUGGUCCAUGUUCAGUGUGGUGCACACAAUGAUACCAAACAGCACAGUGACUACUUUUCUCCAUUCAAAUAGGCUGAAUGACUGAUUACAAGAUUGGAGACAUGUGUGAUACUAAUUAAAUAAACUAAUUAUUUUGAAAUAUCACUAUAAUCCAAUUAUUUAUUAUCUUUUCUAAGGGGUACCAACAAAUGUGUCCAGGCCAUUUUAGAAUAUCUUUGUAGAAUAAGCAAUAAUUCAUCUCUUUUCACAGCUUCUUUGCUUUAUUCUAUGAUAUACCAAAGGCAUGCAAGUGUACAUGAUAAAAUAGCUUUUAAUUUCAUCACUUUUCAGGAGGAAUGAAGCAUUAUUUCAAUGAGCUGUAAUGGUACCAACAAAUUUGAGCACGUCUGUAUAUAGUAUGUUGAAAAAGGUGUAGAAUUUGUACAGUAUAUAAUAUCUCUAUUUUUUUAAGAAAGACCAACACGUUUCAAUUAGUGUAACCAACAUCAGUAAAACAUAUUAACUGUGCAAUAUUAUGCAUGAGUGACAUGCUCAGUUAUGAAAAUGAUAAUGCUAUUUUUCUAUUACUGUAUUUGAUUAAAGGAUUUUAUUCUGACUGCAUCUUAAUAUGGCAGUCUAAUAAAAAAAAAAAAAACAUUUUCAUUACUACACUGAAACAACAACAAAAACAUGCACAAUAAACAGAAAUAUCUGGCUUA